GCGCUCGGUGCCUGCACGUGUCGUUCAACUCUUUGAGUGAUUAUGCAUUCGACCUGUGGUGAAAGAUUUAUUUGAAGAAAAACCCCAACUGGAGGCAAACCACGACUGAUGACGUGGGAACAGCAACAAAUGAACCAGCCCGAGGACUGAGAGCACCGACUGGAGAGAACCCAUCUGACUCGGAGAUUCCAGUGAUUCAGUCAGGAGAAAGUUUGGUUAAAAACGACAAGGAAUUUGUCUAUGGGAAUUCAAACACAACACACCAGUUGUGCUGUCUCUGUCUAGAUAUUUAAGGAGCAACAGAUUCAAACAACCAUCCUUCCUGCUCAGACUGUGGGGAGAGAUUCACUCGGUCAUCUGACCAACUGACACGUCCGUCAUUUUACACAGGGGAGAGACCGUUCACCUGCUCAGACACUGGGAAUGGAUUCACUUGGUAAUCUCAACUGAAGCUACACACUGGGCAAGGCCAUUCAACUAUUCUGUGAGUGGGAAGGGGUUCAGUCGGUCUUCCCGCCUGUGGACACACCAGUCAGUUCACCCUGGGCAGAGGCUGGUCAUCUGCUGAAUUUGUGGGGAAGGAUUCACUCGGUCAUCUGACCUAAUGGCUCACCAGCGAGUUCACACCGAGGAGCGGCCGUUCACUUGCUCAGAAUGUGGGAAGAGAUUCACUCAGUUAUCCAGCCUACAGAGACAUCAGCGAGUUCACACUGGGGAGAAGCCGUUCACCUGCUCAGAAUGUGGGAAGAGAUUCACUCGGUCAUCCCACCUACUUGAACACCUGCGAGUUCACACUGAGGAGAAGCCAUUCUCCUGCUCAGAAUGUGGGAAGGGAUUCACUCAGUUAUCCAACCUACAGAGACAUCAGCGAGUUCACACUGGGGAGAAGCCGUUCACCUGCUCAGAAUGUGGGGAAGGAUUCACUGAUUCAUCCAGCAGACAGAAACAUCAGCGAGUUCAUAGCAGGCAGCGGCUGUUCACCUGCUCAGACUGUGGGAAGGGAUUCACUUACUCAUCUAAUCUCAAGGUACAUCAGCGAGUUCACACUGGUGACAGGCUGUUCACCUGCUCAGUCUGUGGGAAGGGAUUCAUUCAGUCAUCCAAACUACUGAGUCAUCAGCGAGUUCACACUGGGGAGAAGCCGUUCACCUGCUCAGUCUGUGGGAAGGGAUUCACUCAGUCAUCUACCCUACUGGUACAUCAGCGAGUUCACACUGGGGAGAAGCCGUUCACCUGCUCAGAAUGUGGGAAGAGAUUCACUCGGUCAUCCCACCUACUUGAACACCUGCGAGUUCACACUGGGGAGAAGCCAUUCUCCUGCUCAGUCUGUGGGAAGGGAUUCACUCGGUCAUCUGGUCUCGAAAAACACCAGCAGGUUCACACUGGGUAGAGGCCGUUC